AGCUCUGGACGUAAUGUUGCGCCUCUGGUGCCAAGAAACCUAACUAAACGCUCGCUGCCCGUUGAGGCUAAUGAGGAAGGGCAAGCGACGACCACGGCCCCCUACAAGCCGCCCAUGGUUACUAGACAAUCCUACGCAGGCAUAAAGUUCGGUGUGAUCGGCGCGUUAACCCCCAUCGCUCAGUAGUUCGCUAGUCUGGAAUAAGCCGACGUAUGGAGCGUCCCAAAGCUCAUCGGAACGUUGUGUGACCCUCGUGAUGAUGCUGCCUGGUUUGUUCCGCGCCCCCAACCAUUCCUGCACACCGUCUUCCAAGAGCCGCCGCGGUAGUGCCUGAUCAGCGAUGGCCCUCAAGGGCUGCAGCGGCGUCCUGUUGUGCUUGGCCCUGGCAUGCGCGGAUGCAUUCUGGAGGCGCGGGGAGCCCCCGUACCCGAGGCAUCGGACGCGCUCAGACAUGCUGCUGCUCAUGCCAGGUGUUGAGCCCAGAAAGGCUGGUGACCACUACUGCACUGCUUUUGACCUGAGCUACGAAGAAGCCUACAUAGUGAGCCUGGAGCCGCGGCUGGACGGGGACAAGGCCCACCAUAUGCUGCUCAUCGGCUGCGAGAACAUCUUCGACAGGGACCACCUCUCUCCGGGCUCCUGGAACUGCGACCGCAACAAUGUGUGCGAGAACCCCACGGUCCUGUACGGCUGGGCUAGGAACGCCCCCACAACCAGGCUGCCUCCAGACGUGGGCUUCCAGGUGGGACGCAAGACUCCGGUCCGCUACCUGCUGCUCCAGGUGCACUACUCCACCAGGCUACCUCCUGGCCAGAACGACAGCAGCGGCCUCAAGAUCCAGAUCGACAUGCGACCGCAGCGGUUCCUUGCUGGGAUCCAUGUGCUGUAUGCCAAGGACCAGUCCAUUCCACCCGGACAGUACAGUUAUGCGGUGAACGUGAACUGCCGGGCGCACCUGGAGGGCAGCCUGUUUGUGUUUGCCUACCGCGUGCACACUCACCAGCUGGGACAAGCUGUGACAGCCUACGCCUACCACGCCUCCAACGGGACCUGGACUACCUUGGCACGGGGAAACCCACACUGGCCACAGGCCUUUUACCCGAUGAACCAGACGGUGAUAGUCAAGCCUGGCGACGUUCUGGCUUCCCGAUGCACUUACAACACGGUGGGCAGAACCAAACCGACAGAAAUCGGGCCCCGGGCGGAGCAGGAGAUGUGCAACCUUUACCUGAUGUACUACGCCCUGUCGUCGGGCGGACGAUCCUCGGGCCAGUGCGAGAACGUCGAGCUUCCCAACUUGGUCGGGCAGCUGCCUGGCGACGAGGGCCCGCCGGCACCACCCACUCGGCCUGUUUCCAGCGCGGCCGGGGACGACCGGCCAGGAGCGGCAACGGACUUCGGCACUCCGUCCCAGUACUCGUACCGGACGACCAGUGGCUGGCCCAGUGGCGAGUUCCGGCUGGGGCAGGUGGUGGCGGUCUCCCUGGACCUGGAAGGGAACGUCGUGGUCUUCCACAGGGGGAGUCGUAUUUGGACGGCCCAGUCGUUUGACUACCACAACGUGUACCAGCGCGUCGAGGAAGGCAGCGUCCCGGAGCCUACCGUGGUCACACUGGACGCCGGGAACGGCCACGUGCUGCACAGCUGGGGACGCAACCAGUUCUACAUGCCGCACGGUCUCACGGUGGACGGCGAGGGCUGUGUCUGGGUGACCGACGUAGCCAUGCACCAGGUGCUUCGCUACCCUGCACGAGGCAGCCGCACGCCCCUGCUGUCCCUGGGCGAGAAGUUCCGCCCGGGCUCGGGCACGGGCAACUUCUGCAAGCCCACCAGCGUAGCCGUCACGCCCGCCGGGGACUUUUACGUGGCCGACGGGUACUGCAAUGCCCGCAUUGUGCACUUUGACAAGAUGGGCAAGUUUCUGCGACAGAUUGGCGAAGAGGCUUCAUUUGGGAGCAAGGCCCCUCCUCCGGGCACCUUUGCCAUUCCCCACAAGGUGGUACUGGCGGUGCCCCAGCAGCUGCUCUGCGUGGCCGACCGGGAGAACGGCCGCAUCCAGGCCUUCUCCCUGCACGACGGCAGCUUUCGCUUCCAGAUCUCCCUGCCAGAGUUCAUGGGCCAGCUGUACUCGGUGGCGUACAGCGACCAUGCGCCGGGGGGCCUGCUCUUUGCCGUGUCCGGGCCCAUGAUGAUCUCCAACCCCUCCCGGGGGUUCGUCUUCAACCUGACCUCCAAGGAGCUGCUGGGCACCUUUGGCCCUCCCAAGGGGUCAUUCACCAUGCCCCACGACAUUGCCUGUUCCAAAGACGUUGAAGAGGUGUAUGUCGGGGAGAUCAGCCCAAACAAGCUCUGGAGGUUUGUCAGAGAGGUGCACCGUUCCACCAAAAAGGUCCUGGAGGCGCCCCCCAGGCAGAGUAAUGCCACGGCCCCGCCUGCCGUGGCUCCUCCCGUCCCGGAAGAUAACUUUGGGGUCUCAAUGGUGAUCAUGGCCCUGCUGGCCAUCCCCAUCCUCUCCUUCCUGGUCAUCACCAUCGUGGUGCGACUCAAGAGGCAGGACAAGCUGAAAAAUGCUGGGGCCAAGGGCUGGGCCGGGUCUGGCAGCGGCGGGAAGUUCGACCUGGGCCAGCUGCUACAGCCGCACCGGGGCUUCGACCGUCUGGCACUGGACGAGAGCGGCUCGGAGGCCGGAGGCCCCACCAGCGACUCGGACGUGGAGGAGUUCAAUGCCCCACCCGCAAGGCCUGAAACCGCGGGGCACCGCCUCCUUGGGCUCCGCCCACCUUUCUCGGGCGGUUCGCCCGCGGCGCAAAGUGGGCCUUGUUGCGAGCGACGACGUUCGGUCGUGCAAACUGGAGUGCGUCUGCUUGGUGACCGCCGAACUGUUCUGAUAAAAUGAGAACGCCAAAGCGCAUCGAAGGUAGGAAGCUCACGCUGGAGGCGGGAUGACUGAAGCUCCUCCCCGCCGUUCCCAACUUGUAAUGACUAUAGCGUCGCUCUCGCGACUGCGCAAGGUGGGUGUGGCCGUGGCAGUCCGCAAAGCAGGCGGCCGGCGGAUGCAGAGUUUAGAUGGAAUGUGUGCGCCGUCGCGCUCGGGAAGCGUUUCCGAAGUGGGGGCGAAUCGAUUGCACCCCAGCGGUGCAGCGGGUCGAACUGGACGGAAGAAACGGGCGGAGACAGCUGUCUUGGGAUGGUGAGCGUCGUUUCGCCAGACGGCCACGUACUGGUGUUUGUUGAUCGCCUUCCGACAGGCUCAUCUGGUUGCGUAAAGUGAUCUUCGACGAGGUCUACAAAGGCAGACUAUUCGGGCUGUAGGGCAUGGAACUCUCCAAGACAGCAGAGUCAUUUAGACAACGGCGGGUCACCCUCUUGUCUGCUCGCCGUGGGCGGGCGAUUCUACAAUGGGGCAGCGUCGUCGGGUCUCUCAAGAAUCCCCGGCACACCGCGGUGCACUUGUCGCUCGGCCUGCAACGCUGCUGGCACCUAGAAACUCGAGGUGGCAUCACUUUUGCAUUUUUUGGCGGUCAGCCAUUUGAACUUUGUUUCGCGUUCGAACUGGCACUCGCGUCGUCGACACGUCGACAUUUCCAGCCGGCACUUGCGUCGGAUUGUUCGGACGUUGGAGACAGGGUAACUUUUAAUUAAGCAGCUGCGAAGUAUUUAGAUAUUCUCGGAAUUUGUGCCCGCAGAGGUCGCACGGCGAAUGCUAUUCUUCGCUCUUCGAACGACAUGGCUGCAGCAGCGGAAUUUGGGUGGAAGCGCCCUGCCGUUACAGUGCUGUGUCUUGAGUCGCGUUUGGCCGCGUCGACGUUUCUCGUGCAGGAAACUCGAUCGAUCGACGCAAAAAGGUGCGCCUUAAUUUACGACGGAAUCUGCGGGCCCACUUCUUUCACUGGCCACAUUUUUCUCAAGUUCUGAAAUCCAGCUUUAAAGUUCGGGAACUAUUUUACGGGGUUGCCUUUUGCCCAGAUACAGUUUUGUCAAAAUCGAUUGCUGCUGUGUAGAUUUCUGGGGAUUUCUCUUUGGGCGUUCGUUCACUCGCCGCACCGUUUGGUCGACCUCGGCGAUCUGCGAACGUUUUGUUCGUCCGUCUGGCGCCCCCCUUACAAUGCCAGCUAUGGCCCCUACUUUUGUCACAAACAUUGUGCAAUGUUUCCCUUCUCAGGAAGAAAGUCCCUUCCCCAUGUGCCCCGUAAUCCCGAGCUGGUCAGCACUUAAGGCAACACAAAGCGUGUGUGUUUAACUUUUUCUUGUUUAGUUGCAGCACCCCUCUCGUUGGGCUUUACUAGAGCCACUGCAUAUGGCAACUUUAGCUGCCAGAAUAGCGCUGCUCUUUCCCUCGCAUCGCCUCUCGCCGCGAUUGGUCAGGUGCAUUACCGUAGCAUCGAGCCGAGCAGGUUGGUUUGUGCAGGAACUGAUGAAGUCAAGCUUUCGCUUCUGGAGUAGCGAAAAGUCGAAAUUGUCAGCGCGCAUUCCCACAUGCAUUAAACAUACGGCGAAUGACACAUUAAAAGCCACACUUUUAUGCGACUUUUAGCAACUUAUAUCGCAUUUCAACGAACGGGUGAACCCAAACCUCCCGACCCAAAAUGAAAAUCACUAUCGGUGCUUCAGACGUUGUGCACCCAGACCUCUUUGUGUCAUGUCGCUACUCUGGCAAGCUAACGCAGUGGCUCUGGACUCUACCGGGGGUUAGGUUUUUCUUUCAUGGAAGCGGGUCACACCUUUGGUUUUAUGCUAGGGCCGAGAGCAUACAGCGCAGCUUUUGGUGCCCGAAUUGUGGCCACAUUUAAACGGUGCACUUACCCAUUUGUUUUUGGGAUGGCCUUCCCACCCGAUUAUCUGAGGCAGCUGGAACCCCACAACCAGCGUAGUUUUCUCCACUGAUCUCUAUUGUUGUAGGCUGGACCGCAAAUGGAAGCUCGUCUUGCUAGGGUCGAGCGGCACCACUGGCAGCCUUCGCUUGACACUAGCUACUGCGUGGGACUCUAUGGGAAAAAUGAGAAAAAGUGCCCUUUCCCCCAUUUUUAAGCUGUUGUCGGCACUUGAAGUUUUUGGCUGCUUUUCGGAAAGCCUGUCAGAUAAAUAGAACUGACAGCCCUCGCAGUUCCUACAAAUAAACGUUUUGUGGUUGAGAGUAACUCCGCUGGGCGAAAAAUGUAGUGCAGCUCAAAGAGACGAGAGUUAUCGUGGAGUCGAUGGCAGUUUUGACGAGUUGGGUUUAGCACACGACGAGCUUGAAGGCUUUGCUACGUGGAAUUUGCUCACUCCGGAAAGCCGCUGUCAAGAUGGUACCUUUACGACAUUCACUAACUUCUGGGCUUCCCCGAGGAUGGUGUUAUUGACUGCAAGUACUUUCGUUUACUCCACUACGAGAGCAAGCUUGCCAGCUCAGCCGUCGGUGCUCCAGCACGUUUUAAUAUUCAAUGGGCGUUCGAACGCUUGACAAAUACCGAUAUAUUUAUCGCAGCACAUCAUAAAAUACUCACCUUUGAGCAGUGCAUACGAGCUUCAAUAUUCCUGCUUUUGUGCGUUUCUCCCAUAGACUUGCGAGUAUUGAAUGGUGUUGAGCAAUGGUCGCCAGUGGUGCCGCCGACGGGCUUCCUUCGCCGCAGUCGUUACACAAUUCCACAAUGGGACUAAACCACUCGUUCUUUGGGCUUUAUUGCAGCCGUACCAAAGUGUGUACUACCACACUGCAUCACCACAAACAGCACUAGGGCUGGAAGGUUGUGGGGUCGUGACAAUCUACGAGAUGCUUUACCACUCAUUUUGCGCACAGUCCUAAGUAAGGAAAUUGGAGGGUCCAUUGUUUGCAGUAUUUACCGUACACCAGUCUGCUCGCACCAUCAACGGUGUUUGAUUUUGUUUCCUUGUCGAGCCUAUAUAAAACGCUCUGGUACAAGCAAGCAAUGCUUCUACUGUUUGUGCUUGUCAUACAAGCACACAAUGCUUGUACCACGUUGUGUGCUGCCUCUUGGAGGGAACACCUUUGUGUUGCUUUCCUACAAUGAUACAUCUUCGGAUAAAACAAGGAGGGCCCUUCACUCGCACUACGGUGUGCAGACUUUGCUUCAGUAAGGCCACAUACCACCAAGUUAGGCCACACUUUCGUGUGAGAAAGGACAGUCGCCCUAAAUAUGUACUAUUCUGAAACUAACGUUCCAUUGUGGGAAUUUCCGAGUUUGUGAUUCAAGAGUGGUGUGCCUUGCUUGACAAUACCCAAGGCUAGGGAUGCUUUUCCUCCCACAAUCCGUUCUCAGUGAAGCUAGUUUUUUUACCAUCAGCUCGAGAAGAUGUGACAGUACAACUGUUACAUUGUCUUUUUUAUAGUAUAUUCUGUCGAUAUUGCAGGCUGAUAGGAACAUUCCUUUGUUUUUGUCUCGAAAGUAAUGAAUGCAAGAAGGCUGCAAGAUGAAGCGUGACCUGUUUAGCACGUCUUUUUUUUUUUAAAAGUGUUUUUAACUUGUACAUACUUCUGUGGAACCGUUUCCCCGACUGCGUAUGCGUGCAAUAUUUGGAAUCCAGGUAUCAAGAUUUUGUUUGUUGUGGUCGAGGUUUGUCCUGUUUCAACUGCUCUUGGGUGUCUGCGAGAAAGAAUUGUGUUGUCUGCACUAUAUUGACACCUGCACGUCACAAAGAUCAGUAAUUGUCUUCGAACGUGACGCUAGGGAGGUUUCGUUUUCGGAGCUAGACACACGUCACUCGGGUCAAAAGUUGGAAGGGAUUUUCGGAAGUUCUCAAGACUUCAUUGAAUCUGUACGGUGGUCAUGCAGUUAAAUUGAAAAGGUUGCAGCGAACCCUUGCCGACAGUUUUUCAUUUUUGUUCCUGGCUUUCAUUCUCAACUUGUUGCCACUGUCAGGGUUACCUUCAGCCAAAUUCAAGCUGCAACGAGCAGUCUUAUCUGCACAGCAGGCAAAAACACCGAACUCUCCACACUCUUCAAUGUGAGAGAUGUUGUAAUAGUGCUGUUUUUGGGACAUUUUUGUUUAUAUUUGUUUGGCAUUGUAAAUACUGCUGUACCUCUACUUACUACACUGCUCCCACCCCCUUCCCCCCUACCCCGGUAUUCUAACUUGAAAGCUUCCCUCCGAGUAUACUUUAUUCAGAUUUGCACGUAAUCUGUGCUAACAUCCUUCCAACAUCAUUUCCAAGGCUACGGGCUGAAAGCAGUACCAUACUACCGAUGUUCUGCCGUGCAAUGAACGGCAAAAUAAGAAACCAGUUAAAAAAAAUGUUUUUUUUUUCUUUUUGAUCUGAAGUUUUUACACAGUUUGAGAAUGACCCCAGCAUCUUGCUCAGGCAAUGGAACCACUUAUUAGGCACUCAGGCAAUGUUGCUUUACCUCUAGUAUGGGGUCUGUCAAAUUUGUUUUGGUACUAUACGGUGACAUUACUGAUCGAAUUAAAACUGUUCAUAUACGCAAUGUCAUCGAGGAACAACCGGAAAACAUCUUUGCAAGGAAGUACCGGACGAAGGGCACACAACAAUGUUUUGUGAAUCGCAAUGUAAUAAAUCUGAAUUUCUUCUUUUCGCA